GUGCUUUGCUCAGCACCACCUUACUAGGGCAAAAGCUCAGGGUCUGGGCUCUGUCCCAGCUGCCGAGGAAGGACCAGGCUCUGGCAGCCUUGCUGAAGGCCACAAAGCCAGCUCCAGACCUCUGUAGGAUAUGUAUCUUUAAAUCAAAAUAACCAGGUUAGAUUCAAUUUGUUAAAGAUUAAUUCUCAAAAGAAAACAGAAGGGAGGGACAGGCCCUCAUCUGGCUAGCAUCGGGCUGCAGCAGGGCAGCUGCCUUUCAGCAGGGUUAGGAAUUGCUUUAGAUUGGGGAUUGCCUGUCUGGACUGACAGUCCGGAGGAAAGAGCAGCAUACGCCUGGCUGGACGUGAGACCCAGCUGAAAGAGGGACAGAGGCCGCAAUAAGCAGGGAGGGGGUAGAAUGAAAAUGCCAGCGAUGGAGCACAGGUCCAGACCACAGGUUCCGAGAAGAGUUUAUUUUCUCUACCACCUGCCUCUGAGUCAGCUGAAGGGGCCAAAGGAGGAAUACAGCUGCAUGAUCAGCGAGAGGCUGGGAAGGAAGAGCUACAAGGAGCAGUACGCCUUCCUCUACAGGCAACAUCUGGUAACGGUGAAACAAACCUACCAGUACCCUGACACCCAGCCUGGGGACGAGGAUGCUUUCUCCAGAGAGCCCUUCAUCAUCUGGUUCCAGUCACCAAAAACCGCUGUCAAAGAGUUCGCUAUAAUCCCUCUGCACACCACACCGGAGACAGCAGUACGGGAGAUUGAUGAGCUCUAUGAUGUGUAUUUAGACGUAAAACAGCACUGGAAAACCGAGAACUUCAUCUUCUUGGGGGACUUUAAUGCUGGAUGUAGCUACGUUCCCCAAAAGCAGUGGAAGAACAUCCGGCUGAGGACUUACUCUGAAUUCGUCUGGCUAAUCGGUGACAAAAAUGACACUACGGUGAAGAUAAGCACAAGCUGCCCGUAUGACAGGAUCGUGGUCAGCGGGCAGAAGCUCAUCCAGGCCAUCAUGCCACACUCUGUCAACAUCUUUGAUUUCCAGAAGGACUUUCAGAUGACUGAGGAGCAGGCGCUGGGGGUGAGUGACCACUUCCCAGUAGAGUUUGAGUUAAAACCAAAAGGCGGCUUCUUCAACUGGCUGAAAUCACAGUUUUCAAAGAAGAGGAGACCAAGAAAGAGCCGCCACUCAAGCUCAUGAGCAUGCUGAGUCAUGGCGUGGAAAUGCAUGGAUGCCGAUAGAUCUUGCAGAAGACUAGCGUAGAUAUACUCACAGCAAGUGCAAUAUUUAGUGGAAAAAACCCAAAUAUUUUGUUAAAGUUCAAGUAUUUUGGGUAAGAAGGCAAAUUUUACCUUCAGGUUAUCUUCCUCAUUGUAUGCAAAAAUAAAUCAGCUAGAAGCACCGUACUAUACUUACUGCACUGAUCACAAAUAUAAGGAGCUACUGCAAGGGUAAAAUACUUGUGUGUGCUUUAUCUGUAACACCUGAAGGGCAGGGAUCUCCACGCAUUCCUGUUGGCUCUGGACCUCUGCCAUUCCUCUGCAGGGGCAGAAGGAUUAAAAGGACCUUUCUGCA